AUGACUCUGCUGUGUUACAACAAAGGCUGCGGAGAGAGAUUUGAUCCGGACAAAAACUGUGACGAUGCCUGUCGAUACCACCCUGGGGUACCCAUCUUUCACGAUGCCCUGAAGGGUUGGUCCUGCUGUAAGAAAAGGACCACAGACUUCUCCGAGUUCCUGUCAAUCAAGGGCUGUACUCGAGGUCGCCAUAGCAACGAGAAGCCCCAGGAGCCUCUGAAGCCGGAGGUGACGUCAGACAAGGGUGAUGUGACACAGCACAGUGAGAAAGAGAUCAUUUACCAGGGCCCCAAAUCAGCUGAGGCUCUGCAGAGAGAGAGACCCAGCCCCGAUGAGCCAAAGUCAAAGCUUCGGGUAAAGGUCUCUCCUUCCCUCGCCCAAAUCGUGGAGAAAAUGGACAUGACUAAGAAACUGGAAGAGGAGAAGAAAGCGAGUGAAGCUGUUAUGCCCGGGACAAAAUGCAAGAAUUCCGGUUGCAAAACCAUUUAUCAAGGGCCAGAGACCAAUCUGGAGGUCUGUGUUCAUCACCCGGGUGCACCAGUAUUCCACGAGGGGUACAAGUACUGGAGCUGCUGCUGUAUAAAGACCACUGACUUUAACGCAUUCUUGGAUCAGAAGGGAUGCACCAUGGGCAAACACCGCUGGAUCCCAAAACAGGAUAAGAAGAAGGUGGCGUGUCGACAUGACUGGCACCAGACGGCCAAUCAGGUGGUAGUCACAAUAUACGCUAAGAACGCCCAUCCAGAGCAUUCCUAUGUGGAAGCAAACCGUACAGUGCUGACAUGUCACAUCCAGUUUGAGAAUGAGAAAGUGUUUCACAAGGACAUUCGUCUCUGGGGGGUAAUCGACGUGGAGAACAGUCUCAUAAGCAUGGUACCGGCUAAAGUCGAGGUAAGCCUGAGGAAGGCUGACGCCGUGGCCUGGGGAAAACUGGAAGACCCCAAGUUCAAACCAGAACCGGAGGAGACCGACGAUCUCAACUCGGCCGAGACGGAAAACGUCCAGCCGGACUGGUACAUCUCCGACGACGACAUUAGCGAGUCCGACUGGGAGGAUGAUGAUGACGAUGACGAGGAAAAGAAGAAACAAAAAGAGAAAGAGAAAGAGAAAGAGGACGAUGAGCCGCCGCAAAGAAGAAGAAGAAGAGAAGGAGAAGAAGAAGAAGAAGAAGAAGGAGAAGAAGAAGAAGAAGAAGAAGAAAAAGAGGAAUAA